AUGUCUCGCCAAUUCUUCGUCGGUGGUAACUUCAAGAUGAACGGUGUCAGUGACACCAUCACCUCCAUCAUCACCAACCUCAACCAGGCCAAGCUCGACCCCUCCGUCGAAGUCGUCAUCUCCCCCACCUCCCUCUACCUCCUCCUCGCUCGCCAGACUGCCGACUCCAAGAUUGGUAUUGCCGCCCAGAACGUAUUCGACAAGCCCAACGGUGCUUUCACCGGUGAGAUCAGUGUCGAGCAGCUCAAGGAUGCCAAGAUCGACUGGACCAUCAUCGGACACAGCGAGCGCCGUGUGAUCCUCAAGGAGGCUGAUGAUUUUAUUGCUCGUAAGACCAAGGCUGCCAUUGAGGGUGGUCUGAGCGUCAUCCUGUGCAUCGGUGAGACUCUUGAGGAGCGUGAGGCUAGCAAGACCAUCGAUGUCGUCACCAGGCAGCUCAACGCUGUCGCCAAGGAGCUGUCCAAGGACCAGUGGCAGAAGGUCGUCAUUGCCUACGAGCCCGUCUGGGCCAUCGGAACCGGCAAGGUCGCUACCACCGAGCAGGCCCAGGAGGUCCACGCUGCCAUCCGCAAGUGGCUCACCGACGCCGUCUCCCCCGAGACCGCCGAGACCGUCCGUAUCAUCUACGGUGGCUCCGUCAGCGAGAAGAACUGCCGUGAUCUGGCCCAGCAGCCCGAUGUCGAUGGUUUCCUGGUUGGCGGUGCCAGCUUGAAGCCUGCCUUCGUCGACAUCAUCAACGCCCGUCUGUAA